AUGUCCGCAAUCCGAGCUCUAGCCGCCCGCCGCGCACCGUUCGCUCUUUCCCAGCGCGCCGCCUUCCACGGCUCUGCCCUGCGCGCUGCGGGUAAGGAGACGCAUCUCCAUGAUGAGGGUCGCGCGGAAGAAGUUCAGAAGACGAAGGAGGAGCAGCUGAGGAAGCAGAAGGAGGGCAAGGGACAUUGGGAAGAGGGGCUUGCAAGUGAUUCCGAGAGCAUCGUCAAGGCGGAUCGCGGCGAGGUCAAGGCGAGCGCGGAGACGAUUAAGAAGCUCCAGGAGGAGACUGCGAAGGUCGCUGGGGAGAAGUCAAGGACUUAA